GCAGCCUAAGGCAUCCCUCCACUCCUUGCUAUCUCUUCAUUCAGUCCUGUAGUUCAUAAUGUGUACAGCACACAAUCUACGAUAACAAGACUUUCUUCUGCCAGCAUCCCCGAUAAAUCUGGAUCAACUGUGGGUUCAUUUGGUGUCUACAAGAGAGCAGUAUGUCUAAUAACAUGGCCAAGAUUGCAGAUGCGCGAAAAACAGUGGAACAACUGAAAUUGGAGGUUAAUAUUGACAGGAUGAUGGUAUCUAAAGCAGCAGCUGAGCUGAUGGCUUACUGUGAGUCCAAAGCAAAAGAGGACCCCCUGGUGACCCCCGUACCAUCCUCAGAAAAUCCCUUCAGAGAGAAAAAAAUAUUCUGUACAAUUUUGUAGAUGCUAUUUAUUGGCUACAGGGUAUAUUGUAUUAUUUUCAAAAUAUCCCUUAGACCUUAAAGGGAUAGUUCACCCAAAAAUGACAAUUCUGUCAUUAGGUUAAUUACUCACCCUAGUGUGGAUCCAAACCCAUAAGACUUCAUUCAUUUUAGGGAAACAAAUGACAUGCAUAGAGAGCAAUGUAACUCAAAUGACCCAAGACCAAGAAACGCAGUAAGGACAUAAUUAAAAUAGUCCAUGUGACAUCAGUGGUUCAACCGUAACUUUACAACGCUAUGAGAAUACUUUUUGUGUGAAAAAUAAUAA